GCUGUAAGAGGAUAGGGCUUGCUUCUUGUCCCUGCGACGCCCUUCGCCAUUUUCUGUAAUGGCCGACACUCAGACGACCGAGGUCCAUCCCUAUGAAUCAUCCUUGAUCACUUCAGAUCAGACCCCCAUACGCAACACAACGAGCUCGUCUAUGUCCUCCGACGAGAAAAAGCUUCAUGCUGCUAAAGAUCCUGAGGUUGCCAUGUCCAAGGAGAAGGAGGAAGAUGAGACUACCACUCUCUAUCAGAGGUUCCGCCCAUCCAUCCUAGGAGCGGUUGCAAUUGUCAUCUUGGGGUGGUGGAUAAGUGCUACGGUGUUGGAAGCCACACGCCAUCGCUGGAUUGUCCAAACACUCUUUGCUUGGUUCUUUCUCUUCGUCAUCGCUUUCCGGUUUAUUCCCAACCGUGUUGUAUCGAAGCCUGUCGGCGCAAUAUGGAUGCCAUUCAUCCAAGAACCAUGGUACGGGUUGAACCGCGGUUUACGACUGACAAUCGGUUGGUUGUGUCUCCUCGGCAUUGUCUUCGGUUCUGCUUUUGGUUUCAAACUCGAGAAUGGUUCCAACUAUGGCGAUCGUGCAAUUUCUGUCCUCGGAUUGUUCAUCUUCCAAUGCGGCUUUGUGCUUUCGUCAAAGUCGCGUUCCACAAUUCCCUGGCCUACCGUUAUCGUUGGUUUGUUCAUGCAACAGGCUAUCGCUCUCUUUGUGCUCAAGAGUGGAGCCGGAUUCUCGAUCUUCAACUGGAUCGCGACUCUGGCUGCUGAUUUUCUCAGCCAAUCCAAAGCUGGUGCAACCUUCUUCUUUGAUGCUGACACUGUAGCGAAAAGUUGGUUCUUCGUGAACACCCUCGCCGCGAUUAUCUUUUUCGUUGCAUUUGUGCAAAUGAUGUACUACCUUGGGGUAAUGCAAUGGAUACUUAAAAACUUCGCCUGGUUCUUCUUCAAAUUAUUGGACGUGUCCGGUGCUGAGGCAGUUGUGGCCGCUUCAUCUCCAUGGAUUGGUCAGGGGGAGUCUGCUUGUUUGGUUAGACCAUACGUUGACCUCAUGACGGAUUCGGAGCUGCACUUGACAAUGACUUCUGGAUUCGCAACGAUUGCUGGGUCUGUUAUGUCCGCUUACAUCUUCUUGGGGGUCCCACCGGAGAAUUUAGUGACGUCUUCUGUGAUGAGUAUCCCAGCAUCCAUUGCCAUAAGUAAGAUUCGAAUGCCGGAGCACGAGGAGCCCGUUACUCGCGGUAACAUUGUCAUUGAUCGCGGCGAAAGCCAGGAGAAUGCGCCGAGCAACGCCCUUCAUGCAUUUAGUCAGGGCGCUGUUUUCGGUCUCAUAGUCGCCGGCCAGAUUCUGACUAACGUUCUUACCGUCCUAUCUCUGGUAUCUGCUAUCAACGGCCUUCUCACGUGGAUCGGUCACGGAUUUGGAAUCGACCAAUUGACUCUCCAACUCAUUAUUGGUUACAUAUUCUACCCUGUCACAUUCUUCUUGGGUGUUCCCCGCGACGAGAUCCUUCAAGUUUCCCAGUUGCUUGCGACAAAAUUGGUCGCAAAUGAGUUCUCUGCAUACGAGAAGCUCCAAACAUUGAUGGCUAGUGAUAAUGCACUUUCGCAGCGAGGAUAUACAAUUGCUUCGUACGCGCUUUGUGGGUUUGCCAAUCUUGGCUCUCUCGGUAUCCAGAUUGGUGUGCUCGGCGCACUGGCACCUUCUAAGAACAAGGUUAUUGCUCGCAUUGCAGUCUCAGCGAUGAUUUGUGGAUUUUUCUCUACACUCCAGACAGCUAGUAUUGCCGGAAUGCUUGUAUGAGAAGGAUUUCUGUCCCAAUUUUUUUUAAAAAACAGAGGGUAUGUAUUCGAUUUGUAGUUUACGUCGACAUGAUAAGUAGAUGAUGUUAAUGAAUAACUAGUCUUGUAAACCAGACCCAAUGAUCC